ACUUUUUUAUUUUUACAUAGCGUUUAAUUAUCAGCUAUGUUCAGUGCAACUACUAAAAUGUCUUUGGAGACGAGUGAUGUCCAAACAGAUGAAGAGCUGGUUGACGAUGAGUUUUCUCUCCCUGCUGAAAUCACUUUAGAAAAGAUCUGUCAGAGGACAAGGAGAAAAAGUUCCUCAGGGAAGCCUCCCCCUUCUCCGAGGUCUCCAUACCUCUGCAGUUUGAACUUGAACUCCACGAGAGCAGCCGUGGGUGCGUGGAGACGGCAAAGGGCCUCCUUGGGGGACACCAGAGGGGACAAAUCAGGGGAGAGUUGCUCAGCUCGCCUCACAUCUCUCAGCAACGGUCAUGAUGUGCCUCAGACACUCGGUUCAGACACUGACGACAGCCCACAGCUUCUGAAGCAGAAAGUGAGCAUGAGGACACACAGACCUCUUCUCUUUGCAUCCAACGGUUUUACAGUCGGUGCAGGUGAGCGCAUGGAGAAGGAGGACAUGUAUGACGAGAUUAUUCGCCUCAAGAAGAGUCUCCACGCUCAGAAAUCUGACAACCAACAGCUGAAAGCCAGACUGAGGAGCCUGGAGGAAGAAAUCACAAAAAGAGAGAAACAGAUUGAAGAACUGUUGGACCCUUUAAAAGGAUCUGAAUAUACUCGUAGUUUGGUGGACAAGAAAAAAGAGGGCAGUGUGGUCGUCAGUGGGCUGAAGCAGAGAAUCCUGAAGCUGGAGCAACAGUGUAGAGAGAAAGAAAACACUUUGAGCGCACUACAAAGUGAUCUGAGAACUACGAACCUGAAGGAGCUGAAUAUCACUGUGGAAACUUACUUUGAGGAGAUCCAGAGACUGAGGACGCUUCUAGAUGCUGCAGAAAAAAGUAGUCGAGCAGAGAGUAAAUGCUCCCAGAGGCAGCAGAAAGCUUUGAACUCCACAGUCCAUCACCUGGCGGGAGACCUGAAGCAGCUUCAGCAGGAGAACGCAGCGCUGAGAGAGGAGCUCAGCACCGACAGUCCUGCUGGAGGAAUUAAAGGUUACAGAGAGUGGAGUAAACAGAGACUGUUGAGACGGCUGCUGGAGGUAGAGAAGAGGCUGCAGGACAGCAGAAGACACACUCAGGCUGUGAAAAGCAGCAGCGGCAGACUGGAGAAAGAGGUCCAGGCCACGCUUGCUGGGGCUCUGGGGGUUUCCGUGGCAACAGAGACUGUUGUCUCCAUGGGAGUCACAGAGGAAGCUGAGGAGAUCACUAGUCUGAGGGAGCAUCUCAGCCAAUCGGAGAAAGAAAGGGCGGAGCUACAAGAGAUGCUGUCAAGUAAAGAUGAUGAAUUGGAACGGCUGAGGACAGAAAGAGACGAGCUGCAGAGAGAGACUGAGCGACUCUCAGCUGAACAGAAGAAACGUUUUGAUCUGGAGAAACAGGAGUACAGCCAGGAGUUGGAGCAGCUGCUAGUGAGGAUCCGAACUCUGGAGGAGGACAGACUCAAACUUGUGGAGGCCGAGCUCUCCUCUCCUCCUCCUCCCACGGUGGCAGGGAGUCAUGAGGACGCUCAGAGCAGAGCGGAUCAGGAAGAGGACGAUGAGCGGGGCGCUGGAUGCACUGAAGAGACGGGGGUGGAAAGAGAUGAUGAAUCUAGGACUGACGCGGGGAAGAAAAACAGAGAGAAGGCAGCUUUGAUCAUUCAGACAAACUGGAGGCAGCACAGACAGAGAGACAUUGUGAUGUUGCAGUCAGCUUUAAGGGGCCAUCUCUUCAGAGAGUCACAGCUCAAGAUCCUGGUGAACGAUGUACAGAACAAGCCGAUGGACUCGUUAAGCUGCAGCGAUGAAGCCCAUCCUGUGCCUGGAGAGCUGGACGAGGUUGCUGUGACGAUGAUUCAGUCUGCAUUCAGGGGACAUCUGGCUCGGUGGAGUUUUGCAAUAAAGAGCUCGGGGUUUGCUGUGCCUUCUCCAGCAGAAAACAUUCAACCUACUCUGGUUUCGAGAAGGGCUGGCCUGACACUCACUCACAGAGGUACUGAAUACCUUAAUGCUGAAAAGGAUCCCAAGCAAGACCUCCGGCCUGCCUCUACAACUUCUGUCUCCAGGACAUCACACACACCAGCCCAAAGAGAACUCCAUUCUUCAGCAGAUGCUGACGCAGAUGUUGCCGAUGAAUCGGACGAUUCUGAUGACAUCAUUGUGUCUCCGUCGCGUCCACUGAGAAGCCGAGAGGUUUCGAUGUCAUAG